AAUAUAAUUAAAUAAGUUUAGGAAAGAAACCCAACAAACUCCAUCUUCUUCCUUGCAGUUACACUUGUGAUACUCUAACCUCCAACCACUCCUACAAAAAAAAUGACUCUAUUUUCUUCACUGCAAAUCACCACCACCGUCUCUCUUCACUCUUUCAAUCCCUCCUCAACCAUCUUCCACAAAUCCUUUCUUCCUUGUUUCGCAACUUUACCAUCUCUUUCUCUCAAUAGAUUCGUCUUUUCCACUCAAAAAUCUCGAACAACUACUACUACUACCACCCGUGCUUCUUUUCAUGAAAAUCCAGUUCUAUGGGUUGGUAGAAUCUGCGUCUUCUAUGCUCUUCUCAAGACUGGAUUAGUCGGAUCUCCAUCAAAUCCGUUCCUCUCAGAUUUGGAAAUUGGUAGUAAUGGUGAUAGUAAUGAUUCUGGUGACUUAGGGUUCUCUAAAUGGACACAGUCCUUACUUGGAAAACCAGCCAAGGAAGAAGCUAACGGAGGGAACCUUACGAGCAAAUGGCAUCCUACAACAAAGGGUACACUGAGGAGGAACUACAGAGUCCCAUCCAAGUCUGAGGGGCGACGACUUCUCAAAGCCAUUGCAUCUCUGUUGUCAGAUGAUGACCACUUUGUUGAUGCCACUUCUCACAAGGGUUGCCAAAUCCGGCGAGAAAGUGCUCAUGGAGAAAGUGUUUGUUGCAACAACGUGAGAGCUCUUUUUGAUGAGCUACCAACUCCUCAUCUCAUUGUGGAGAUCACUCCUUUUCCUGUUGGACCUCUUAGUGACAAGGAUUACACUAAAGCUGAGAAGCUUGAGAAGGUUCUCAGAUCUAGCCCUUCUGUUUGAACCCUCCUUGAUGUUUCUCGUUUUCAUGUAUAUAUUCUUUGCUAGCUUGUAAAUAUUGGCACCACGAAGAGAAAUUUGUAUAACAUGUUUUACAUUUGAGUUGAAUCAUAAUCACAUCGUUCAAA